GAGCAAUAUGAGACUGUUUGUUGAUGUCUUCCAUAUCUCCCAUGUCUCACUCAAACAAGAGAACCCAGAAACGGACUCUAGCGUUGGGAUUAGUCACAUAAUCGAAAAAUGAGGAGGAUUCCAAAACAUCCAAGAAAUUAUUUCUAAAGGGCUCCUAGAAGGAUGCAGCGUACUUACAGCAAAGGUCGUGCUUAAUCUUUCCCAGCAAGAGUCUAGCAGAAAUUUGAGGCAGAUGGCUUCAAAGCUGAACUCUGUACUUAAAGAAAUCAGGCCAGAAUUUCCAGAGCUCAAAUCGAUUAAGAUCUAUCUAAACCAAGAAUAUGAGGUAGCUCAGAAUGAGAUAAUUGACUCUGUUCUAACGAGUAAUGAGAAGAUCAAUGUGUAUGCAUGUACUUCCACUUCAAUAAAGACUGAGCAGCCUUCUAGCUCCAGACCCAUAGUUGCUACUGAGGAAGAUGUCCCAAUGACCCAAGAAACUGAAAAAGUCACUACUUUUCCUAAACGACCACAAGAGGAUGAGAGUCCAGAAAAUCAUUCACUCGGGGUGAAGAAUACUGAAGCAAAACCCACUGAAACUGUAAAGCAGUCGCAACCUGAUCCAAAGAUAACUCAGCAGCCUGAAGUCAAUAUCCUUUCGAGCAGCGAAAGUAGCAUCUCUAGCUCUUCAGAUAAAGAAGUCGAGGAGAAAAAAGUUGAAAAGAAAGCAUUGCUUCAAGAAGAAACUAAAGACAAAAUUUCUCUUGACACUCAACCUCUCAAAAAUCAUCAAGAUAAUGAAGUUAGUUCUAAAAAUGGUUCCGAAAAGCCUAAAAUUCCUGAAAGCAUGAUCUCAACACAAUCUGGAUCUUUGAUGUUACCAAAGAAGGACCAGAAGCCUUUAAAAUCUGUUCUCAAAAAGUCCCCAAAGCCAUCACCUCAGCAAUUCCAAAAGCCUCGAUCUGCAAGUUUCCAAAAGCAUUCCCUCAGCAACAACAUUCCGAGGAAAAACAGUCAGGAACCUCAAAAAUCUAAGAAGAACAAGAAGAGGAAGAACAAGAAGAGGAACAAAAAUGCCAAAACAAAUCCUAGCAAGAACAACUCUUCAAUCCAGAGGCCUGAGGCGAAUCAGCCCCAGCAGUACCAGCCUUCAGGAGCCACUUGGUCUACUGAGCUCACUAAUGGGUUUUUGAACCAGCUCAAUCAGCCAAAGUCUCAGAGGAAAACCUCCACUGAGAACAGAAGUAAGCACAAGAAUAAGAGAGAGAAGAAGUCACAACAGAAGAAGCUUGAUGAGGAUGUUCCAGAGUGGCAGCGCCUAGCAUCUGACUUUUUCGAACCUGAAAAUCAGAGGAAGCGAAGCUCAACAUCUCAGAAAGAGCAGCAGAAACCGGAUAGAGAAGAUGAUAAAGUAAUGGUGGAAGAGGUUAAGAAAGAGCAAAAGAAUGAAGAGAUGAAGAAGGAAGAGGAUAAGAAAGAAGUACAGAAGAAAGAGCCAAUUGUGAAACAGCAAAGUAAACCGAAGAGUAAGGCUAAGAAGCCAAAUGAUGAUGAAAAUAGCUCUAUUAGCUCAAUCUCGGAGCAAGAUGAUGAUGAUGAAUUUAAUCAGCUGUGGACAGAUAUAAAGGUAAAGACAACUUUCUCAGAUACUAAGAGUAAAGAUGCCCAAGACUCUGCUGCUAAAGUGAAAUAAUCAUACUCUUUAAAGAUACCUUUUACUUAAAAAUUCUACA